AUGCCAGUAUAUCCACUCAAAAAUGAAGCCCCAUCUUGGCAGAUCCCAUCUGCACAAGUUAACACGGAGCUAACUAAAUUUCACAAAAAGGAAACACCAACAGUACAACUGAGGUCUCAUUUUCAAGGUAUCCUGGAACAGUACACAUGUGCCGAAACCAUCUACACAGACGGUUCGAAAACUGCCUCAGGAGUUGGUUGCUCGAUUAUCAUAAACGGGGUAGCCCAUUUAUGGACUCUCCCACCAAUGACAUCGAUUUUCACAGCCGAACAGUAUGCAAUUUUACAGGCGCUUAAAUACUGCCAGAUAGAGUCAAAAAGCAACCUUACUCUUAUAGUCAGCGAUUCUUUGAGCACCCUAAACGCUAUGUCAAAUCGUUAUUCCCGUGAUCCGUUAAUCUUAGCAUGCCUUCAGACAUUAAAGGUGUUGAUGGAUGGCGACAAGAGGGUAGUCUUUAUAUGGGUACCAGGACACGUAGGUAUACUAGGAAAUGAACUGGCAGAUCAAUCUGCAAGGCAGGCUGCUGCCGCAACUGGAAUUGACUGUACAAUAGUGAAAGCACCAGACUUGAAAAUGAAAAUUAGACAAUGCAUAACAGAAGCAUGGCAAAGACAGUGGAACAAUGAACUUACUCAGCUAAGAACAAUAAAACCUGAUAGAGCCCCAUACGACACUCCACCUUGGACUAGGUCAAAGCCACAUAUUGAUAUUCGCCUUUCUGUAUUUCUUAAAAAUGAGACAGCACCCCAGGUGUAUCUCGCUCGUUUCAAACAAAUUACAGAUCACCUCCACGAUCAUCUCUUCAUAUACUCGGAUGGAUCUAAGAGCAGUACCGGAGUGGGAGCAUCAAUAGCAGUUAACAGUGUUUGCCACAUGUGGAGUCUGGAUCCGAUUUCAAGUAUUUUCACUGCAGAAUGUUAUGCCAUCUGGCAGGCACUUCUAUUCUUUGCAUUGUCAUCUAGCUUAGCGUGUUCGAUAGUAUCAGACUCUCUGAGUGUGAUCAGCUCCACAGGAAAUAACUUCACCAAGGAUGAAAGAAUAAGUCGAAUCUUGAACUUAACCAGCUCACUAGAAAAUGACCAUAAAAAAGUCCGUUUCAUAUGGGUACCUAGUCAUGUGAAUAUUAUCGGCAAUGAAUUGGCUGAUGCAGCGGCAAAGCAAGCAGCCACCAUGCCACCGGAUGAAGGCAUUCCUACUCCGCUAUCUGACUAUGUAAAACACUUAAAAGACACACAAAACAAGCAUGGCAGCACAAAAGGGACCUAUAUGACGGACACAUGA